AUGGCGGCCGUACGGCGUUUGCAGCAGACCAUAUCCCACGUCCAACCGACGCAGCCAACGGAGCAACUUUCAAUCGUCUAUGGCCCUACGCAACCGGAGCUUCUAGAUAUCACUCUCGGCGAGCUUCUCACCCUCCAAAGCAUCCGAUAUGGCGACUAUGAGUGUUUGGUGUUCCCGUGGACAGGGGCUCGAUGGACAUACGCAGACCUAAGCGAUGAGGCAGACCGGGUGGCUCGGGGUCUAUUGGCGAUGGGUAUUCAAAAGGGAGAUCGCAUAGGUAUCAUGGCCGGUAACUGCGAGCAAUAUAUUUCAGUCUUCUUUGCCGCUGCCCGAGUCGGGGCUAUCCUGGUGGUACUCAACAACACCUACACUCCCUCGGAGCUAUAUUACGCCUUGGACCAUACCGACUGUCGAUUAUUAUUCCUAACACCUCGCAUUGGUCGACAUUCGCUGGAAGAUGUUCUGGCAAAAUUGGGUCCCCAACCCAAGCGGAAGGGAUCAUCGACGGCACUGGAGGAGAUCGUCAUUCUGCGGGGAGAAUACCAGAACUUUGGAACGUACAACGACCUUAUCCAGCGCGGCCUACCUCUCACUACGAACGCAUUGUUGGAUCGACAGGCCGAGUUGAGCCCCGACGACGUCUGUAACCUGCAGUUCACCAGUGGUUCAACAGGAAAUCCUAAGGCCGCCAUGUUGACGCAUCACAACCUGGUCAACAAUUCGCGAUUCAUUGGUGACCGGAUGAGCCUUACGUCUUUCGAUAUCCUGUGUUGCCCUCCGCCAUUGUUCCAUUGUUUCGGGCUGGUGUUGGGCAUGUUAGCUGUCGUUACUCAUGGGUCGAAGAUCGUCUUCCCCGGCGAAACCUUCGAUCCCAAAGCCGUUCUCCACGCGAUCUCCGAUGAGAAAUGCACAGCUCUCCACGGCGUGCCGACCAUGUUCGAGGCGAUCCUCAGUCUCCCAAAACCUCCGAACUUCGAUACCCGUAACCUUCGCACGGGGAUCAUCGCCGGCGCACCGGUCCCUCGCCCAUUGAUGAAGCGACUCUUUGAAGAACUGAAUAUGACCCAAUAUACUAGCAGCUAUGGUCUCACCGAAGCGUCGCCAACAUGCUUCAACGCAGUUAUCACCGACAGUAUCGAAACCCGACUCCGGACCGUGGGCAAGGUCAUGCCCCACGCGCGGGCCAAAAUUAUCGACGCACAAGGCAACAUCGUUCCAGUAGGCGAGCGCGGAGAGCUCUGUAUUGCAGGCUACCAAUUGACGAAAGGAUACUGGAACAAUCCGGAAAAGACGGCCGAGACACUCACGACCGACGAGGCGGGUACCACGUGGCUCAAGACCGGCGACGAGGCUCUAUUCGAUCCACAAGGCCGUUGCACCAUCACCGGGCGAUUCAAGGACAUAAUCAUACGUGGUGGAGAAAACAUCUACCCGUUGGAGAUUGAAGAGCGGCUGGCCGCGCAUCCAGCCAUCGAAGUGGCCUCCGUGAUCGGCAUUCCUGACCAGAAAUACGGCGAAGUUGUUGGAGCGUUUAUCGCCGUGGCGCCGAGCCACGAGGGCAAGCGGCCGUCCGUCGAGGAAUUGCGGACCUGGACACGCGAGACGCUGGGUCGUCACAAGGCGCCGCAGCAUGUGUUCAUCUUCGGUGAGGAAGGCGUGGAUAGCACGGUCCCAGUGACGGGGAGCGGGAAGGUUCGGAAGGUGGAUUUGCGCAAGAUUGCUGCGCAGGUGCUUGAGCGGCGUGUCAACGCAAGUGUCGACGCAAGCUGA